GAAUUUCCGUUUCGGGGGGGAUUGUUGGGAGGAGCUACUUUUCUGACUGUCUACACACACAUACCGAUAUCAGCGCGGAAUAAUUUGCGAUGUUUUUUCUUAUUGCAACAAUGGCGCAGUCUGGCAAGCUGUCCUCCAGUUCGCCGCUAAUCCAAUGGCUGCAUGCGCGAGGAGGCCAGGGGUGGGAACGGAACACGCUUUGCUGAAACGCGCUUCAGGGUUAGCUGGGUGUACAAGCUGGAUCUGCCUCUCUUGCUCGUGAGCACCGGAGACAUCAGAGUCCGGGAGUAUUAUGUUCUGUUUCCUGCGUUAAUAUUCCAUUAAAAGUUUAUUAAACUAUCGCCAGUGAGUUCACAAAUGAACCGAAACGAGGGCUCGGAAACCAAAUCGAGCUGACGUCGGUUUGAGGUCGCUUUGGCAGUGAAGCAGGAGGCGAUGGUCCACCAGAUAUAAUAAGGGUUCUAGCUCAGGCUGUAUUUGACGACAGUCAAGGGCACGGCCUGGAGAAGGCCUGCUUCGGGCCGGCGAAGAAGGCUGUCUUGUAAUAUUGAAAACGGCACCGGUAGGCGAGGAGAGAUGACGCCGUGUGAGGGGAAAGCGGCACAUUUGGACAGGUAGAACCUGACCAACGACCGCAUCUGGAUGUUUUGAAAAUGACUCGCUAUUGUAAUACAUCACUACCAAGCACAGGACGGCUACAAAAAGAAAUACUGAUUGCUCCAAUGGAAACUUUAUUAUAAUGAACAUGCCGGGCCAAAAUAAAAAGCCAUAAACUGACGUUACAUCAGAGCCGGGGUGACUUGGCAUCGCUGGCGCAUGUGUGUUUUCAUGUCAUUCUAAACUGGCGGUGGUUGGCUAAGCGAUGGAUGGAGACUGUGAGCUGGGCGGGUCGCCAGGCGUGGUAGCGGAGGGGGACAGCAGUGGCGCCCCCGCAGCCCAGGAGGACGAGCCCAUGGAGACCACGGCCUCCUCUCCCGCCCAGGACGACACGCCAGCAGCAGACGCCGCCACGGGAGACGUCACCAACGACAAUGACACAGCCACCAUGGAGGCGUCGAACAGUGACAAUGGAACAGGUAGCACUACAGAGACAGCGGUGGCAGCGACGGGGGUGGGGGUUGACCCUAAGGCCACAGCUCCGCCCAGAUCCUCAACGGAGGACGACGACGUGGUAUUGGUGGAGGAGGAGAGAAACCCCGCCCUUUCAGGUGAUAAAGACAGCGGCGGCGGCGGUGUAGCCGCGGCAACCAAAGCAUCCACAGACUGCACAGAACCUGUUGGCACGGCAACGGCAGAUAGCACAACAGCAGCUGCCAACGCCACCACUGCGUCCUCUUCCUCCUCCUCUUCCUCCUCGACCAACGCCUCUCCAGCUGCUGCUUCUGAUGCUGAUGCUACUGCCUCUAGUGUAGCUUCAGCACCAGGAGCCAAGCCUCCUAGUGAGCCCAUAGUCAUUGAUGACGAGGAGGAGGCUGAGCAUCGAGGGGCUGGAUCUUCCUCCUCAUCCUCCUCUUCCUCACGGCAGCCUGCUACGCUGGCCAGCACCGAGCCCGACUCAGAGAUCAAGAUCGCCAGCGUCACCACGUUGGGCGGUGCUGAAUCUUCCUCAUCCUCCUCCUCUGCUUCCGUUUCCGAGGGAGCUUCGGCUGUUGCCGCGGCGACGGCCUCGGUGGUGUCGCCGUUGGCGCCGAGCGCUCAGGGAGACAUGAACCUCAUGAUCACCAGCGUGACCUCUCUGCAGGGCGGGGGAGGAGAGGGGGGGUUGGCAACGGCGGCGGCAGGGGUUGCAGGGUCGUCGUCGGAGCAACAGGAGGAGAUUGGGGCGGCGGCGGAGAACGGGCUGCAGAUCAGCAGUACCUUCAGCCUUAACCCAGAAGCCCAGCAGAACCAGAGCCAGAGCCGGCCCUCGCCCACCUUCAACCCCGGACGCGUGGGCACUACUGCAGCCAGCCAGCCCGUGCAGAACGGCGAGACGGGCACGCACCAGAGGCCUGACUCCUGGAUCUCCCAAUCGGCGUCGUUCCCUCGCAACCAGAAGCAGCCAGGUGUGGACUCCCCGUCUCCGGCCGCCUCUCUGGCAAAGCCCCCAGGCCAGUCCGGCCAGUCAGGAUCCCAGCAGCCCCCGCGCACUGUCAAGGUGACGUGUGCCAACUGCAAGAAGCCUCUGAAGAAGGGCCAGACGGCGUACCAGCGUAAGGGCUCCUCGCACCUCUUCUGCUCCACGCCCUGCCUCUCCGCCUUCUCACACAAGCCACAGCCCAAGAAGCACUGCACCAUGUGCAAGAAGGACAUAACGAGUAUGAAGGGCACGAUCGUGGCGCAGGUGGACUCCAGCGAGUCCUUCCAGGAGUUCUGCAGCACGGGCUGCCUGGCCGCCUACGAGAACAAGCAGGCCACACCCAAGAGCACCAUUAAGACCAAGUGCACCGUCUGCGGAAAACUCACCGAGAUUCGGCACGAGGUGAGCUUCAAGAACGUCACGCACAAGAUCUGCAGUGACGCGUGCUUCAACCGCUACCGCAUGGCCAACGGGCUGGUGAUGAACUGCUGCGAGCAGUGUGGCAACUACCUGCCCAGCCGCGCCACCGCGCACCACUACCUGCAGGUGGAGGGCCAGCAGAAACGCUUCUGCAGCCCGGGCUGCAUCCGGGACUACAAGCAGGUCAGCGUGAGUAGUGUGAGGCCAGGCGGUGGAGGAGGAGGAGCGGUGCAGAACAAGGCGCAUGGGAAGAUGACUGCCUGUACGGGCUGCAAGGUGCUGUGUCGCUCCUUUGACGUGACUCAGUGCAUCGGGCCCACAGGAGCCAUGGAGCCCUACUGCUCCACCGCCUGCAUGAACAAGACCAAGGCUGCCAGCAUCCAGCAGAGUGUGGAGCCCUCUUGUCACUUCUGUAAGAGGAAUGCGUUGCCCCAGUACCAGGCCACCAUGCCCGAGGGGAAGGUCUUAAACUUCUGCAGCUCGCAUUGCGUCACCAAGUUCCAGAGUGCUGCGGUGCAGACGUCCACUAAUGGCCAGACGGCUGUGUCCGCACCCAACGCCAACAUCCAGCUCAAGUGCAACUACUGCAGGGGAGCCUUCAGCCUCAAGCCAGAGACCCUGGAGUGGGAGAAUAAGGUGUACCAGUUCUGCAGUAAGACAUGCUGUGAGGACUACAAGAAGCUGCACUGCAUCGUGGCCUUCUGUGAGAACUGCCACGAGGAGAAGACGCUACACGAGACUGCUAAGAUCUCCGGAGUCAGCAGACCCUUCUGCGGAGAAGGCUGUAAGCUGCUGUUCAAGCAGAGUUUUGCUCGGCGGCUGGGUCUGAAGUGUGUGACGUGUAACCACUGUGAGCAGAUGUGCAAGCGCAGCGUCACCCGGCAGAUGGACGGCGUCACCAGGGACUUCUGCAGCGAGCCCUGCGCCAAGAAGUUCCACGACUGGUACUACAAGGCGGCGCGGUGCGACUGCUGCAAGGUGCAGGGCAAUCUGACGGAGUCGGUGCAGUGGCGAGCCGAGAUGAAGCGCUUCUGCGACCAGCAGUGUCUGCUGAGGUUCUACCUCCAGCAGAACGAACCCAACAUGAACACGCAGAAGGGGCCCGAGAAUACAGCCUUAGGAAUUGGUGUGCAGACACAGGGAACUAAGGUGACGCUGUUCAACCAGGCGCCGGUGUCGUAUGCUGGUGGGGGGAUCCUGAAGGAUGUGAAGAACAAGGCCGUGCUCUGCAAACCCCUCACUAUGACCAAGGCCACCUACUGCAAGCCACACAUGCAGAGCAAGCAGCUGCAAACAGAUGAGGCGGGUACUGAUCUGCUGGUGAAGAAGGAGUAUGUUCCCGUGCCUAUCCCCGUGCCUGUCUACGUGCCUGUGCCCAUGAACCUGUACGCCCAGGCCACCCCUGCUCCCGUCACCCUACCUGUCCCAGUGCCUGUGCCAGUCUUCCUGCCCACCACGCUGCAGAAUGUUGAUCAGAUAGUGGCGGCCAUCAAGGAGCUCAAGGCCAAACUGCCCCCCGACAUCCUGGCCACACUGGACACCAAGCCAGACCUCAUAGAGGUGAAGAGUGAGGAGGACUCGUUAGGAGCAGGCCCUCAGGUGAAGAGGGAGCGUGUGAAGAGCGAGAGCAGUAGCGGUGGGGACAGCAGCAGCUCCAGCAGCAGCUCUGACGAGGAAGAGGAGGACAAGAAGAAGGAUGAAGAGGAGGAGGAAGAGGAAGACAAGUAUGAGGCAGACUUGGACCUGGAGAACGACUUCCCGCUAGCGUCGGAGCCUGUGCCGGUGGUGGAGGGCUUGGAUGCGGAGUUGAGCUUCACGCUGCCCCCCGUGUUGGCUGAGGAGAGAGAUGAGACGUCGCGACCCAGACCCAAACAGAAGGGUGCGAAGCGGCAGGCGGUAGGGGGGGAAGGCUCCUCUGCUCCCGGCUCCCCCGGUGUGGGGGACUCGGACUCGGACCCCCUGCAGCCGCGCUACGGCCUGAACGCCUGGAGGAGGUGGGCCUCCAGCACCAAGCAGGAAGCAGACGCCCUCACAGACACACCGGACACGGCCAAUUCCAAGAGAGGGCUGCGUGUGAAGACCAACCUGUUGUCUAUGAAGGCAGGCCGUCUGGGACAGGCGCUGUCUCGCUUUGUUCGGGAGGUGAGGAGGCCCAACGGAGAGCGCUACACGCCCGACAGCAUCCUGUACCUCUGCCUUGGCAUCCAGAAGCAUUUGCAGGAAAAGGGAAGGACUGACGACCUCUUCAGUGAUGCCUGUUAUAGCCAGUUUGGGGCGGAGCUGAAUAAAAUCCUUAAAGAUUGGCAGCCCAGCGUCCUGCCCGACGGCUCGUUGUGGGGCCGUGUGCAGGAGCGGUGUCUGUGGGACAGUGGGCACCUGGGAGAGUCGAGUCCCGUGCGGCUGCUGCGCUCGCUGGUUUACCUGAACACCAAGUACUUCGGCCUGCGCACCGUGGAGCAGCACCUGCGCCUCUCAUUCGCCAACGUCUACGGGCCCAGCUCCACGGACCCCGUCACAAACAAGCCCUCCAUACGCAUACGCAUCCCCUCCAUACAGCAGGACGACAACCAGGUGCAACCAGGAAGAAAAAGGAAACGGCAGCAGAACGACUUAGACCCCGAUGACGGGUCAGGAGGCUCCGACCGCUGUCCAGUCAAGAAGCAUGAGUGUCAGCUGUACGAGGCCUACCUGUCCAAGUGCCCUGUAUCUGUGCGUAAGCGAGCAGACAUGUUCUACAUGCAGCCGGAAGCCUCGGGAGUUGCCGGGAGCGAUGCCUCCCUGUGGUUUGGCUCCGCCCCUCUGGACCGUGUUACCCUGGAAACGCUCCUGACGCGCGUGCUACUGGUCCGAGAAAUCUACGUGGAGAAUCACCCUGAUGAGGAGGAGGAGGAGGAGGAGGAGGAGGAGAAUGGGGGAGAUGCUAUGGAGGAAGAGGCCCAGAAAGACCCAGGCAGCGGGAGAGGUUAACUAAGGCCAGCAUCAGCCCACCACAAACUCCCUCCAAACCCCCACCCUCCAUCCUCUCUUGCCUUUCAGCCUCUUCCCAUUUUCCUUCCUACUGCCAGUGAUGGGCAAAACAAGAUCUGGUGUUACCUGCUAUUCAAUUUGAGCAUUUUAACAGGUAAAGCUGGGCCAUUUGGAAUGUGCAGCACUGGAUUGUAGCUUCUGAAUCCAGGUUGCCCAUCACUGCACACCACCUCCACCACCACCACCCCCACUCCCGUCUCCAGACUUGGCACUACAGAGGUGUCUCCUGGCACUGUACCCCUGAGCCCUGUGCUCUCUCCUGCCCAGGAUGCUGCCUCCUCUCCUUAGCCAUCACCCACUCAACCACGUCAUCUUGCAUCCACACGCACCACAAACUGUUCCCAGGACUGUUAGGGGGAAAAUGAGGACGUGUGUGUCUGCCUGUGUCAAAGAGGCACAGUGUGCUUGAAAGACUGAUCUGAGAACUGUGUGUAAGCACAUUGAGGAAAAAGAAAGAAAAGACAAAAAUGGCGAGACCUGACUGACUUUUGGGCACAUUUUGUUAAGUUGGGUGUGAGCGUGGGGUGCUUCAAAACUAUAUAUAUAAAUAUAUACAUAAAAUAACACGAAAAGCAAAAAUCCAGACUGCUGCUUUUCAUGAAUCUUAUUUUGUUUUUGUUUUUUUUCUCCCCCUCUUUUUUGUUUGUUUGUCUGUUUGUUUUUUGUAUUUCCCGGAGAGAGGAGCGUGUAUAUGUUGUAGCAUUACUUAUUAUGCCCAGAUUGGGCACCUCUGACCUGUAAAUAUCCGUUAGUGUGUGUGUGUGUGUGUGUGUGUGUGUGUGUGUGUGUGUGUGUGUGUGUGUGUGUGUGUGUGUGUGUGUGUGUGCGCGUGAGUGCGUGCGUGCGUGCGUGUGGUAUGUGUAUGUGCUGUGGGACAGGGAUAAGAGGAGGGCAAGUGUGUUCCUGAAUGCGAAAAAGAAUUAAAUAAAACUUGAAAAAAAAAACAUGAAACACACACGACUUCCUGAUUUCGCUCGAACCUUUAGACCCCAACUUUUUUUAGUUCUAUUUUUUCCUCUUUUUUUACAUGACUUAUUUAUUUUGCUUGAUUGGACUCAUUUGCAUUUGUGAUUGUUUUCCGUUCACGAGUUGAGGGAAGGAUCCCCAAAGGAAAGCUUUUGUACCCUGUGUGUGCAUCUGUGCGUGCAUUAGUUUAGGUGAGUGAGUGUGUGUGGGGGUUAUGUGUGUACGCGUGACUUCAUGCCCCUCGUUUCUCCUGCAAUCGUCCCGUGUACUACCAUUAAAGAGCCUGUUGCAGGACGCGAAGAUGUCCGGUGUGACUCGUUUGUCUCCCUUCCUGUUUUUGCCUGUGCGCCUUCUCUCUCUCUCUCUGUCUCUCUCUCUCUCUCUCUCUCUCUCUCUCUCUCUCUCUCUCUUCACACUACAUCUCCUAAUCUUCUCUCUCCUCUCCCCUCUCAUUUAAUCGCUUUUUAUCUCCUUUCUUCUGUCAUUCUCUCACAGCUGUCCUCCUGUACCUGACCUUAACUCUCUACUCUCUACUACUACCUAUCUGCUGCUGCCCCCUAUGCUGAGAGAAUGAAAGGGUGCCAUUUCUGUUUAUUUUUCUGGAGGGGAAGGGGCUGUUUGAAUUUCUAAACCUACUGUUUUCGACAGCUUCCGUUGUACCUGUUUUUUUUUAUUAUUAUUCUUCCUUCUUUCAUUUGUGAGAAAUGAGUUUGAAAUAAACUGAAGCAUUUGGCCACAAGUGCGUUGAGGACUUGC